AUGAUUCUGGAAGAUCUGAAUGACAUGAAGAAAAGCCCAAAGUAAGAUUUCCUCUGACUCAUCAUUGAGGCAUGGUCCUUGCUUUGCUCUGUUAUCGGACUGUGGUUGUUUUUGGCCCACUGAAGGAGGUGCGUAUCCUGGUGGUGUCUCAUUGCGUGCCGAGUAAUAUGUUCCCAUCGUGGGUUACCGCUUCGUGACGCUGCCCCUUAGCCUUCAGGACCCCACCCCACAGACCCAGCCCGUAGAGACCCUGGUCCCAGACAGUGCAUGCCUACUCAAACGCAGGGCAAAGGAGAUGCUAAACACUUGUGGUGAAUGUCCACAUCAUUGUUACAUGUCAAUUUGUCCACAUCACAGACAUACCCAUUUUAAGACAAAUCCAUAAUUUCCUUUGUAAGGUAUUUUGAUAUGAUGUAUGUAAGCCCUCCACAUUUUUUGGUAUCUUUGAGGAGGGGAGUGUCACAGGCCUGUCGUGUGUGUGUGUUGUUCUAUAACAGGGGUAUUCAACUCUUACCCUACGAGGUCCAGAGCCUGCUAGUUUUGUUUUACCUGAAUUGCACACACCUGGUGUCCCAGGUCUUAAAUCAGUCCCUGAUUAGAGGGGAGCAAUGAAAAAAUGCAGUGGAACUGGCAUUGAGGUCUAGAUUUGAGUUUGAGGGUUCAAUAGGUUAGCUGUUCAGUGUGUGUGUGUGAUUCUAUAGGGUAACUGUUCAGUGUAUCUGUGUGUGUUACAGGAUAGCACUUCAGGCAGGACGCUCAGGAGCAGGCUUUACUGUUAGAGGAGGAUACAGUCAUCUACCUCUGUCAGAGUAAGGUGCUGCACUCCCUAUCCACCUUCCUACAAACCUACACCAAGCCUACCAACAUCCUCAUGGACUCUGGUCAAUUAUUUGUGUGUAUGUGUGUGUUUUAUCUAGGGCUAGAUACGCAUUAUAGCACAAUUUAAAUGUAAAGGUCAUUUCCGAUUGAGCCGACAUUUGCAGUAUUUACUGUGAAUGCAGUCUCCGCGAACGCGGGAACAUUGCCUUUAUAUUUCAAACACGCUAUAGCACAGAUCUUCCCCAGUCCGGAUUGAAGCUACACUUUAGUCUUGAAUCAGAUUUAUUUUUUUAACAACUAUUCUUUUUUUAUUUUAGAAAUCAUGUGGCCGACACACCGCAGAUUUAAU